AUGGUCUCAGAGAAAGCUGUCGAUUCGUCUAAGAAUCUAGUCGUGACCACAGUUCUCUCUCCGGAAGAGCUGCAGGAUGUUGACCAAGGAUUUGGAUAUGCGUUAGAGACAGGCGGAGUUGUUUUAGACCCAGAGUUUGAGAAGAAAGUUGUGAGGAAGAUCGACUGGUACAUCUUGCCCAUGAUGUGCAUUCUUAUGUCCUGUCAGCUGAUGGAUAAAUCUACGAAUUCAUAUGCCUCUAUUACUGGCCUCAGGACAGACCUCAAGAUGAGUUCGCGAACAUACUCGUGGGUCGGUAGCAGUUUCUACUUGGGUUACUUGGGUUUUUGCUAUCCCGCAAGUAUGCUGCUUCAAAGGUUUCCUUUGUCUAAGACACUGGGAUGCGCAGUCCUAGCAUGGGGUGUCGUGAUCUGCUGUCACGGUGCCACUCACUCAAGCUCAACUUUUCUCCUUUGCAGGACUCUUCUUGGCGUCUGUGAAUCAUUCAUGGAUCCAGCAUACAUGAUUAUGACCAGUCAGUGGUAUAAGAAAGAUGAGCAGUACAGACGUUGCGGUUAUUGGCUUGGGUUUCAAGGUUUUGGCACAAUGCUUGGGUCUCUGAUCGCAUAUGGCUUCUAUACCCACAAAAACGAAUUCUCGACGUCCCCAUGGAGGUACCUAUAUAUCGUCACGGGUGUGAUUACUAUAUUUUUUGGCAUUGUGUCCAUCAUCCAUAUUCCAGACAUUCCCGUCAAGGCUUGGUUUCUCAACGAUGAAGAAAAGAAAUAUGUGGUUGAGAGAAUCAGAGGCAACAGAACCGGAUUUGGUAACCAGCAAUUUAAGCUAUCUCAGCUGAAAGAGGCUGCGUUUGACGUCACCACCUAUCUGUUCUUCUUCUACAUGUUUGGAUACGGUAUUCCAAAUGGUUCUAUCGGCAACUUCAGCUCCAUUCUGCUGAGUACCGGGUUCGGGUUUUCGACUGGGCAGUCUCUGCUUCUGAAUAUUGUCGGAAGUGGGAUUGAUAUCAUUUUCCCACUAGCAUUUGCGUAUGUCAAUUUCUAUCUCAUAAAGAGCAGAUUACUAGUUUGCUUCUGCAUCAACUCCCUGGUGUUCACUGGCCUAUGUUUAUUAGCCUUUGCACCUUCCAAAGGGGCACAGCUGGCCGGCUUCUUUCUGACAUACCUGACUACCGCUAGUUGGGCAUGUAUGAGUUCUGUGGUCUCUUCGAAUGUUGCUGGUCACACGAAGAAGAUCACAGCAAACACCUUGUUCCUGAUCGGGUUUUCCACCGGUAAUAUCAUUGGUCCACAAGCCUUCAUUGGUUCUGAAGCGCCAGUUUAUAUGACAGCUAAGCGGACCAUGGUGGGUACUUACGUUAUUUCUGCCAUUGUCCCUUUGAUCCUCUAUGUUAUCUACUACUUCAGAAACAAAAAGAAGGACAUCAAAUUACUUGAGCAAGUGGAUGAUGAUACGCUCCUCUCUUUCGGAGAUCUCACUGACAAAACUAAUCCCGCUUUUAAAUAUGUGUUAUAA